AUGACGAUCAGGAGCGGAACAAACGGUUCUCAUAAUGGUUCCUCCACUGACACCAAUGGAAACCAUGUCGGCACAUCGAAUGCAAGAAACGAUAAUCCACCAACGACAACCGAAAUACCGUGCAACGAAACCACAUACGAAGGCGAGGAUAUUUCCUCCGCUAUCGCUGUCAUCGGUGUAUCUGGAAGAUUUCCUGGAGAUGGAACAACACCUCGACACCUGUGGGACUUACUCAAAGAAGGAAAGAGUGCUUUGGCAGAGGUGCCAAAGAGCCGGUUCAAUGUGGACGGCUUCUAUCACCCAGAUGGUGGACGAGCUGGGACAUUCAAUACGAACAAAGGGUAUUUCCUGAAGCAAGAUGUCGAUCGAUUCGAUGCCGGAUUUUUCUCCAUCACACCCGAGGAAGCACGCGGCAUGGAUCCCGUCCAGCGUAUCCUCCUAGAGCUUGCGUAUGAGGGUCUCGAAAACGCGGGACUUAGAAUCGACCAGGUCGCAGAACAGCAUAUGUCAUGUUAUGUGGGAGCAUGUCAGCAUGAUUACUGGGAUAUGCAAGCAUUUGAUAUGGACUGUGCACCAAAAUAUACAGCCACGGGCACAGGGCCAGCUCUUUUAUCAAACCGCAUCUCGUGGUUCUUCAAUCUAAAGGGACCAAGUCUCACAAUUGACACCGCUUGCUCAUCUUCAUUGACAGCACUCCAUGUUGCGAGUCAGAGCAUUCGCAAUGGAGAAAGUGAUUCGGCUUUGGUUGGUGGUCUAGGACUGCAACUGCUGCCGAACUUCGGUGUGUUCAUGUCCUCGAUGUCAUUCCUGAGUCCUGAUAACCAAUGUCACUCUUUUGACUCUUCCGCAAAUGGUUAUGCACGGGCAGAAGGAGGUGGGUUCGUUGUGCUCAAACGCCUGGACAAGGCACUCGAGGAUGGAGAUACAAUUCGAGCAGUCAUAAGAGGCACAGGCACCAAUCAAGACGGCCGGACUCUCGGUAUCACCCAGCCGUCAGCCGCUCGACAAGAAGAGCUGAUACGUUCCACUUAUGCUUCGGCCGGGUUGAAAUUCGACGACACCAACUAUUUCGAGGCGCAUGGGACUGGAACAAAGGUGGGAGACCCUAUCGAGUGUUCUGUGAUUGGUUCCGUAUUUGGUCCUAGCAGGGAGCUCCCAGUGUAUGUUGGCUCAGUCAAGAGUAACAUCGGACACUUGGAAGGUGCAAGUGGAAUCGCCGGCCUUGUGAAAACCAUCUACAGCCUCGAGAGCGGGGUGAUUGCACCCACGUACGGACUCGAAAAGGUCAACCCAAAGAUCCGACUCGAAGACUGGAAGAUUGAGAUCCCAACCACAGCGAUGGAAUGGCCAACAGGACUCCGGCGUGCUAGCAUCAAUAGCUUUGGAUAUGGCGGCGCCAACGCUCACGCCAUCCUGGACGAUGCAUACCACUUCCUCAAAUCUCACAAUCUGCGUGGGCAUCACAACACCAAGAUUCAUGGCCCAAAGCUCAAUGGCCUGACUCAAACCGAAGGUGAACUCAGCACGAGAGGACCACCAAAGCUAUUCCUUCUAUCAUCUCACGAGGAGUCUGGGAUCCUGCGACUCAGCCAAAGCCUGCAGACCUACCUCAGCGAGGUCAAUACCAAAGAAGAGACAGAAGAUCAAUUCCUCCAUCGUCUCGCGUACACCCUAUCCGAGAAAAGGUCAAACCUCCCUUGGAAGUCAUUUGCCACGGCAUCAACAAUCAAGGAGCUCGAACAAGCACUGGACGACGCACCUGUCCGCGCGGCACGAGUCCCCAGACAACAAGCCCUGACUUUCAUUUUCACGGGUCAAGGGGCCCAGUGGUUUGCCAUGGGUAGAUCUCUUCAGAAUUAUCCCGUGUUUCAAAGCUCCCUUGCCGCGUCAAGUGGAUAUCUCAAAUCAUUCGGAUGCACUUGGGAUCUCGUGGAAGAGCUCGGACGCAGUGCUGAGGAGUCGAAGAUCGAUAUUCCCUCUAUCAGCCAACCGGCGUGCACCGCUCUUCAGCUUGCGAUUGUUGACCUUCUAGAAAGUUGGAAUAUUCGCCCCCAGACAGCAAUUGGACACUCGAGCGGAGAGAUUGCCGCAGCCUAUGUGAAGGGCGCGUUUGGAAAAGAAGCUGCGAUGAGAAUUUCAUACUUCAGAGGCCUCCUCACGAGCACGAUUACGAAAGAAGGCUCGAUGGCCGCUGUCGGGUUGGGUGUCGGAGCCGCAGAUGACUAUCUCCGUCGGGUGAGCGCUGGUAAAGUUGUGGUUGCUUGCAUCAACAGUCCUUCCAGCGUCACCCUUUCAGGCGAUGUGGCAGGCAUCGAUGAAGUGGUCAAAACUUUGGAUGCCGAUGGUAUCUUCGUGAGAAAGCUUCGUGUGUCGACGGCGUACCACUCUCACCACAUGGAGUUCAUUGCCGGGGAAUAUCUAGCCGCUAUGACCGGCGCUUGGGAACCCACACCCGAUUCAUCCGGGGUUCGCAUGUUCUCAUCAGUCACGUCCAGGAUCAUUGAUAACGCUGAUCUCGGGCCUUCAUAUUGGGUCGCCAACUUGGUCAGCCCUGUGAAUUUCUCUGGUGCUGUCAGUGCAGCGGCAAACUCGGGCGCUCUAGGGAAGCGAAAGAGCUCUGGCAAGAAAGGUAGCGCCGACGUCAUGGUCGAGAUUGGGCCACAUGCUGCACUCCAGGGACCACUGAAGCAGAUCUUGGACAACCUGAGCGCAAAAGGGACUCCGCCACGAUAUCUAUCAGCGAUCAAGAGAAAGCAGGACGCCAUUCAAACAACCUUGGACGUUGUCGGGGAACUUGUUGCUCUUGGUCAUUCUUGCGAUGUUCCGAUGGUCAAUUGCUAUGCCAAAGUCGAUGAGCCUGGCUUGUCUACCCUGGUAGAUAUUCCGCCAUACGCGUGGAACACCUCCGUCAGUCACUGGCACGAGUCGGCUGCAUUGACUGCAUACAAGCAAAGAACCCAUCCUCGACUCGACCUGCUUGGUACAAGAGAUGAACGGUCAACGGAAUCGGAGCCGGCUUGGCGCAACUAUCUGCGUGUUGCAGAGCAGCCAUGGAUUGAGCAUCAUCAGUUCCAAGGCACCAUCAUUUAUCCUAUGGCCGGCAUUAUUGUCAUGGCGAUUGAGGCAACGCGCCAGGUCGAGACUCGCACAGAUGUCUCAGGCUAUAACAUCCGCGACGUCAAUGUUCGAAGUGCGUUGGUUGUUCCCCUUGAGGAGACGGUCGAAACACGCCUCCAGCUUCUACUAUUGCGCUCAGGAUCGAACUCGACAACAUCGAACUGGACAGAAUUCGUUGUCUCAAGCCGUAAGGAGAGAGGGUCUUGGACGACCAACUGCACUGGUCUCAUUUCGACUUCCUACAAACAAGAUGCCAACUCUGCAUUCCUCAACGAGGAGGCUGCAGCCAACGCUCAACUCAAGACAACUUAUGAUCAAACUGUCCAAGCUGACCUGCCGAACCUGGAUCCCGCGGCCUUCUAUUCCAAGUUGGAGGACUCCGGGUUUAGUCUUGGACCUUCCUUCCGCGGUGUCAAAUCGUUGAAUCUUCUCAAUGGAAGAUCUCACUUUUCUAUGGAGGUUCUGGACACCAGAAAAUGGUAUCCCAAAGCAUGGGAGCCUGCGCAUUUGAUUCAUCCUGCCGUACUCGACGUGUUCGUUCAUCUAUUGAUCUCCAGCACGAGUGAUGGUGCCGAACUCAAGGCGAGAGUCCCUAUUUCUACCGCAUCUUUGUAUGUAUCGGCAGAUAUAAGCCAAUCCCGCGGUCGGAUGUGCCUUGGGUUUACCUCAUCCAAGAACCACGGGGCAGUCAACAUGAUGAGUGAUGUUAUUGCAUUUGGCGAAGACAACAACACGCCCUUGGUCGCUCUCCGGGGAUGCCAGACUGUUCCCCUGCGCGGGGCAUCUUCUGGUAACUCUGCUUCAGAUGUGCAAUCAAUGAACCACGUACCCGUUACGCCACAGCUGGUACCAGAUAUCGAACUCGCUGGCCCUGAACAGCUCGAGCGGGCAUUGCAGGGCACGAGCCUGAGCCUGAGCGACAAGUUAGCUGGCUAUCUUGCAUUAGUUGCACAGAAGCUUCCUGCCAUUGACAUCCUCGAAUAUAACCCAUCGACUGGAAGUCUUUUGCUGAAUGCUUUAGCGUCGGUACCUGGUGACAAGGUGAGUGAUCGAAUUACGUCGAUUACUCUAGCGGGUCCGCUUGAUGGCCCCAGCAACAUUGAAGCCCGUGUUCCCGAUUUAUGGGCACAGUUGGUUCAAAACCAGACACUUGACCUAUCUCAAGACCCUAGCCCACAAGGAUUCGAGGACGGCACACAAGACGUCAUAGUUUUCGAUACUGCCAUUGAACAUGAAGGCGAUUACAUGACCAUUCUGAAGCAUAUCAAGGGACUCUUGAAACGAAAUGGAACUCUGUUGAUUGCCAGUGACCCCAGAAACAGUGUUGUUGGUCCAAUUACGUUUGAGCUGCUGGAAUCCGCCGGCUUUUCCAUGACCCAAGUGAAUUGCGACGGUCAAUCGAAAUUCUUCAUUGCUCGAAAGAUACCGGAUUCUUCGGCCGUCCGGAAUGUCCUCAUCGUCACUCCGAACGACCCCUCGGCGCAAUUGAGCAGCGCCAUUGGUCAAGUGGAGAGCAAUCUGAUAGCGCAAUCCUUCCAUGUCGUUAGCACGACUCUCGGUGACAUCCCAGAGCACACCUCUCCAUACAUCCUCCUGGCAGCUCUUGACUUCGAGCAUCCCCUGCUGGAGUCGGUGGAUCAACAGGAUUUCUCUAAGCUCCGCUCUUUGUUCCUUGGGUCAUUUGGAACUUUGUGGUUGACCACGAAUGCAGAAUCCAGUGGGCUUGUCAAAGGUCUUGGGCGAACCAUUAGAGCCGAGCACCCCGACAUUGGAUUCACAACUCUGUCACUUGACUCAAGCGCACCCCUUUCCGUGGAUGCCAAUCUCAACGCCAUAUGCCGACUAACGGAGAAGCUAUCUGGAAAGAGCCUACUCGAAGCCACAGAUUCUGAAUAUACCGUUCGAGGGGGUGAUCUUUUGGUCGAGCGGUUGAUCCCACAUGCCGACGUGAAGGCUUUGCUAGACUCAUCAAAAUCUGGUGUCCGCCUCCCAGCUAUCAAAAGCCCCUUGGGACAAGCAAAGAAACCCCUCAAGCUUUAUAUCCGAGAGCCGGGUCUUCUGAACACCCUAGAGUACGUUCCUGUCCAGGAACUCAUCGACCCCCUAUCCCCUGGCGAGGUUGAAAUUCAGGUCGGCUCAGUGGGUCUGAACUUCCGCGAUGUCAUGGUUGCUAUGGGUCAGAUGGAAGACUCCACUCUAGGCAUCGAAUGUUCCGGAGUCGUUUGUCGAGUUGGCCCUGGUGUUUCUAAGUUCAAAUUGGGUGAUCGCGUGUUUGGAAUGCACGCCGGAUGUUUCCAGACUCGUCUCCGAGUUGAUCAACGGACUUUCCAAAAGACCCCCGAUCACUUGGGCAACGAGGAAGCUGCUUCUUUGAUGUGCACAUAUGCUACCGUUGUGCAUGCUCUCGUUGACGUUGGCCGACUCCAGCGUGGCGAAUCUGUUUUGAUUCAUUCCGCUGCCGGUGGAGUGGGCCAAGCAGCCAUCCGACUUGCACAGUUCCUCGGAGCAGAUAUAUUUGCUACUGUAUCCUCCGAGAAGAAGAAGAGGUUCCUCGUCAAUCAAUACGGAAUAGACGAGUCUCACAUUUUCAAUAGCCGGGACUUUUCCUUUGCGGAUGGUAUUCUCCGAUUGACGUCGCAGACAGGAGUUGAUGUCGUGCUGAAUUCAUUGGCACAAGAGGCGCUACGCAGAACAUGGCAUUGCGUCGCACCCUUCGGUCGCUUCAUAGAGCUAGGGAAGCGCGAUAUAUACGACAACAGCGCCCUGGAGAUGCGGCCUUUCUUGAACAACAUCACCUUUGCCGGACUCGAUAUUCUCACCCAGGUAAUUGAUUUCCCAGAUCGAUUUGAAAAGAUUGGAAUCCAAGUCUCGAACUUGCUACAAAGUGGUGCUAUUGGUCCUCUGAACAACAUCCUUCGAUACUCAUUCGGGGAGGCCGAGGAAGCUUUCCGUCUCAUACAGGCUGGGGGUCACAUUGGAAAAAUUAUUUUGAGCUUGCAUCCUCAUGACAUUGUGCCGGUCGUUCCCGAGAGUCUUGGAUCUUUCAAUUUGUCCCAGAGCGGGACAUAUAUUCUUAUUGGUGGUCUUGGUGGAAUCGGACGCUCUAUUGCCAAGGUUCUUGCGGAGAGAGGUGCGAAAACACUAAUCUUCCUGUCUCGUUCAGGGAGCUCCAAUCCAGAGGCCCGAUCAUUUCUUGAGGAGUUCCAGCACGUUGGUAUUCUAGCGACAGCAAUCGCCGUUGAUGUCGCCGAAAAGGCUCAACUCCAAGCCGUGAUUGAACGGAUACACCAUAAUUUCCCACCAAUUAAAGGUGUCAUCCAUUGUGCCAUGGAUCUAAGAGAUGGCAUCUACAGCAACAUGUCGGUUGACGAUUGGCAUCUGUCACUCCGCCCAAAGCUUCUCGCGACUCGAAAUCUGCAUGACCUGCUGCCCGAUGAUUUGGACUUCUUCGUUUGUCUGUCAUCGAUAGCAGGAAUAAUUGGCUCUCGUGGACAAGCCAACUACAACGCUGGAAAUGCUUACCAGGAUGCUCUCAUGCAAACCCGCGCUGCUCGUGGGCUAGCUGCGACAAGCAUCAACCUGAGCCUAGUCGUUGGAAUAGGCGUUUCAACGGAGCGAAGUGAGGUCUUUCAAUUGUUGAAGGAUGGCGGCUUGCUGGGAAUGAAUGAAAGCGAGGUGUUGAAUGUUGUUAAAGCAGCCAUCUCAGGCCGGGCUCCCACGCAAGUUGCGCUAGGAGCAUCUACUGGUGGUCAGCUAGAGCAGAUGUCUGCCAGUGAUCCUUACUGGUUCGCGGACUCACGAUUUGCGUUCCUCAGUCAACUGAACAGACAGGGAAGUGAUGCAAGCGCUACCAAUGGUGCACAGGAUUGGAAGAAAUUGCUCUCAUCGGCCUCCAGUAAAGAAGAGGUCUACGAUCUCAUCCUGACGCAGCUCUUGGAAGGAAUCUCACGCAUCAUCAAAACAGAGGCUCAGGAUAUGGACCCAAGAAAGUCUCUUCCGGCCCUCGGUAUUGAUAGUCUGGUUGCCAUUGAAAUUCGGACUUGGCUUUUGAAGGAGUUCCAGGCUGAUCUUUCCGUCUUCGAUAUUGUGAGCAACGAUCCUCUGACUGAGUUCGCAAAGAAGACCAUUGCAAAGACUGCGCUCGUUCCAGCUGGCCUUUCCUAG